AUGAGGGAGAAACGCAAGCGAAUUGCUUCAAAUGCUAAAGGCCUCUCGGCUGGGGAAAGGCUAAAUCGGAACCGUUUACUAGCGGAAUAUGACUUGCGAUGGAACUGGAUUGGCACGGAAGCAAAACACGUCUCGGAUAUUACUCGAGAGCAUUGUCUACGAGCUGCUGGGAUUUCUCUAUCGGGUCUCAAACGCCCAUGCGCGAAUAAAUUCAUCAAGGACAGCCGUGGGUGUAAUCCGGUUCAAGACCUUGCCACCAGCUCGGAAGAUCCAGAGGAUAUCAUUGUCAUUUCUGAUGGCGAGGAGGCUAGCACUUGUGACAAGAAACGAUGCAAAGACAAUCCAUAUUGCUUGAACUACAUGGGCCAGGAGAAAUGGGAAGAUGAAGAUAAAGCCAAAGACGCGUAUCUCAAAGCACACCUUAAAGGGGAAGAUCCUCAUGAGCAUCUGAAGGAAGCACAACCAGUCGGACUCAAGAAUCUUGGUGCUACAUGUUAUGCAAAUGCAUUUCUACAAGUCUGGUUUCAAGACAUUGCCUUCCGCUCAGGCGUAUACAGAUGUCAGCCGUCCCCAGAUAAUAGGAUCAAAUUCAAGGAUUCGCCUAUCUUUCAGCUUCAAGUGACAUUCACGGCUCUUCAGGAAGGCAUUAAAUCCGUUUUCAAUCCAAUAAAGCUCGUCGAGAGUCUACGGCUACGGACGUCCGAACAGCAAGAUGCUCAAGAGUUCUCAAAGUUAUUCAUGUCGCAUCUUGAUGACGAGUUCAAGAAGCAAAGCGAUCCUGACCUCCGAACGUUACUGUCAGAUCAGUUUGAAGGUAAAAUGGUUAAUGCGACGGUCUGUGACAAAUGCAAGACGCGGUCUGAAAGGGAGACAACAUUUCUUGAACUUGAAGUAAAUCUGGAGAAAGGCGGUACCUUAAUGGAUCGAAUCGCUUCACUUCUAGCUCCCGAAAGGCUGGAUGAAAACAACAAAUAUAUGUGCGCAAUAUGCGACAGCUUGCAAGACGCCACUCGUUAUACAGAAAUCCGAGGUCUACCACCGGUUUUGCACAUCUCCCUCCUCCGAUUUGUCUACGACUUUGCAACCUUCGAGCGAAAGAAAUCCAAGCUUCCUCUCAGAUUUCCGCCAUAUCUAGACAUGAAGCCAUUUCUUAAUUCUGCGGGUCCUGGCCAGAUGGUCGGUGAGGAAACUAGCGGAACGGAAAUAUAUGAGCUGCGCGGUGUGCUCUUACAUAAGGGACCUAGUGCCUAUCACGGACAUUAUGAAGCGCAGGUCUUUAACCAGGAAACUAACCAGUGGUACCAAUUCAACGAUGAAGCCGUCACGCCUUUGUCUUCGUUCUACUCUCCAAAGUCCGCGCCAAUUACGAGCAGCGAACCUAUAAUAGUCGAUGGAGAAGAUGACACUGAUAGACCUGCCAAACGACAGAAACGAAAUGUUAAUUCGCGUCGGAUUGACGACAGCGAUGAGGGUGAGGCAGCGUCAACAGCACCUGUUGCCAUAUCCACGGGGACAAAAGUUCUCAGUUCGAAGGAUGCAUACAUGCUGAUUUAUGCGCGACGCGAGGAACCAAACCUCGACGACGCACGCGUACCUGUUCCUCCCACAGACGCACUAGAAAUUAUCAGGUCGUCAAAUGAAGAGCAUGAAAAGGCGUGUGCUGACUAUAAUGCAAUGCGUGAGCAGAAGAAGACAGAAUUUAUCAAGGUGCGGGACAACAUAAGGGACGUGUAUCGGUCCUGGCAUAUAUCCUCCGCUUAUGAGCCUAGCGUAAUAGUCAGCAAGGCUGCUCUUCAGAAAUGGAUUUUAAGCCCACUUGCUCCACUCGAAUCUAAGAGUAGCGUGCAAUCAGCUACGCCCGCGCCCUCCGAACAGAAGCCAGUGGAGGAAGUUAGCGAAGCUGCCCAAAACACUGAGACGGUCGCUUCGAGUAACCCCGAUAUAGCAAAUGAUACUCCAUGGGAAGCGCUGAACAUCAUUGAUAAUACCAAUCUUCUUUGCACGCAUUCUAUUGAUCAAGAGCGGCUAUUAAAUCCGUUAGCUGACAAAGACAUGAAGAUCAUAUCAAUGGAAGCCCGCGAUAAGAUUGUCAAAGAUGGCACAAGGCUGUUGCCCGAAUUGACAGUGGAUAACGUUUGUAGGCUUUGUGUUGAGAACGAGUUUGCAGAGAAGCUCUAUCAAAUGGAACAUCCCCGUCUCGUGGCGGAGUUUAAUGAAAUCUCCAGCACAGCAACCGAGAAUGAAGGCUUUUGGAUAUCAAAGACAUGGUUUAAAGAUUGGGUACUAAACAGGCCGAGGAUGCAUGUCCCGUCGCAGCCGGAUCCUCCGCCCGAAAACGUCUCCGAUGACCCGGCUUUGGGUUUCCGUUCCCAUGUGUAUUGCAAACAUGGUAGCUUGACAAUUAACGUUGGCACUCGACGACGUAUCUCGUUGGAGGCUGUGAAACUCCUGCAGCGAAUAUUCCAGGACUGGGAACCACCUCCUUGGGAUGCAGAAACCUGUCCGGCUUGCGAUGUCGACGUGCACAUAUCAAAGGAGAGUAAACUAGAGCAACGGAAGAAAGCAGAAAAUGAAAAGGCCAAGUUUAAUCGGUUGAAUGAAGAGAAUAUAUUCGGGCAAUAUGGAAUUCUGCAGAAUUCAACCUUCGCAGUUGUCCCUUCGGAGUUCAUUCAUUCAUGGAGGAAAUGGCUUGUAAAACCGGGAGAUUCGCCUCGAGUGACGGAAAUCAACACGCAAAGCAUGCUUUGCCCUCAUGAGAGACUGAUCCUUGACCUUUCUGAGGAAGCCGACUUUGAUGAAGAUGUCGCCGUCUUGACAAUGUCCGAGUGGGAACAGUUACAGACUCUAUACGAGGCUGGUCCACUAAUAAAGUGUGAAUGCCGCAUGGAACUUGAUGGGUCCGGUCAUGAACGGAGGUACAUCAUCAGCGAGAUACCUUGUUGUUCGGAUUGUCGAACAAAGGAAAAACUUAGUUUCAAUUCAACGAUGCUAACAGUUAUCCGUAUUGACAAAGGGCUGGUUCCCAGCAACUCAACGCAGUUGCCGUCGAUUGUUGUCCAACACCCGUUGGCUCCAUCUCCUGUUUCAAACGGAAAGAAGCUUAACGAGGCUAAAAACUCAAUCACGGCAAAAGCGAAUGGGACUCGGCAGUCAAGACGGUUGCAAGAAGGCAAGUAUUCUAAUUGUCAGCAAAUCCGGAUCCAAAAGGACUGGACCGUGAAAGAUGUGAAAGCUGCGAUCUAUAAGGCUUUCAGGAUCCCGACAAUAUCGCAACAAUUAUAUUACCACGGCAAGGAGCUCGACGAUAACUCUAAAACCGUAGCCGAGCUCCAGAUCCUCAAUAAGGACACGCUUUACCUCAAAGAAGUCAUCGAGGACAUGAUUGUUCUGGACUCUGACAUUGAGGAUGAGCCCCUCCGAAAGAAGUCGAGGAAGCAUGAUGAGGGUGAUGCCUUCAAAGGCACACUUUUAAGCGGAGGCACAAAGUCUCCACCACCACCACCGAAUGGCAGUGACAAUCCUCCGGGCUCAAGGCCAUCCUCUCCACUACAAAAAGCUUGCUCGGCGUGCACCUUGCUAAAUCCCCUUGAUGCCGAGCGCUGCGAUGCUUGUGAAGCGUUCCUUUGAUCUUUUGCAUUUCCCGUCAAAUGGAUUGUGUAGCAUUGCAUGUAACGACGCAUAUGUAUAAAUCCAAG